AGCUGAUUUUGUCCACAAUAUGAAUAGGAAGAGGAAUGGCCCAUGCGUAGUGUAUCGAAGCCUAAAGCAAUACUGAGCAAGCCCUAACGCAUUUGCGUCUGCGCCAAAAAUGCCCUUUUCCGUUUGCAGAAGAUCGUCGGUUGAGUGCCGGACGAAGACUCGGCGUUAGAUCGAUGCUACUUGCACGCUGAUAAAAAUGUCCUCAAUACCAUUUGUGAUAUUCAGAAGAGGAUUGACGACAAGAGCAACACACAAAACUGAAAAGAAGCGUAGAAUUUUGUACGAUCGCAUUUUACGUGUUGAUCAUGCCGGUGAACUUGGAGCUGACCGAAUUUAUGCUGGACAAAUGGCAGUUUUAGGAAAAACAAAUGUUGGACCAGUUAUUCAAGAGAUGUGGGAUCAAGAAAAGAAUCACUUAAGGACAUUUGAACAACUCUUGCCAAAGUAUCGUGCAAGACCUACUGCUCUUCUACCAUUUUGGAAUGUAGCAGGAUUUUUACUUGGUGCAGGUACUGCUCUGUUGGGAAAAGAAAGUGCAAUGGCGUGUACAGUUGCGGUAGAAGAUGUCAUAACGCAGCAUUAUAACGAUCAAAUAAGAGAACUCAUGGCCGACGAUCCUAAUUCCAAUCAAGAACUUCUGAAUACUUUGAAACAAUUUCGUGAUGAUGAAGAACAUCACCAUCACACUGGACUACAGUUUGGUGCAGCUGAUGCUCCAUUUUAUAAUAUCCUCUCUGAAACUAUUAAAAUUGGAUGUCGAGGAGCUAUUUGGAUAGCAGAAAGAAUAUAACAAAAUAGUAAAUAUUCUAAAUUUUAUAACAAAAUAAUGUAAAGUAUAAAAAAAGCAUUCACACGUACAAUAUUAAGAUUGUUUAUUUCAUAGUAUGAAAUAACAAUUAUAAUAUGUUUUUAGUUUUGUUAUUUUUUUAAUGCUAUUUUGAAUUAAGCAUUAAAAAUUUUUAAUUAAAAAGUUCUUAAACAUUUUGAUCUUAUUUUCCCACCUAAAAAUGGAUAAUUCAAUAUUUUAUAUUACAAAAUCAGCCUCUUACAAAAUAUAACAUUAAUAAAUAUGAAAUUUCUGGGAAUAUUACUGCAACAGCAUAAUCUAAACAGAUUAACAUAUUAUCUGGAUUAAUAAGAUAACUACACAGAUCAUUAUUGUUGAAGAAAAUAAUAUUUAAUUCCAACAGAUGGCACUAAUAUACAAUUUUUCUAAAUUAAGUAAAAUGUGCCAUCCUUUUUUAACCUCAUAAAUCUUUUGAAAUAAAGAUUUAAAGUGUAGAAAA